AUGCUGAUUUGUCUUUGCUCUCUCUUCUUGCAGGAUCCCUCGGUGACACAGCUCACAAACACUAGCCAAAGUGGCUUGGAUGAAUUCAACCCCUUUUCGGAGAGCUCCCAGCUGACAAAUGCGGCGCGGACGACGCCGGCCGCGCAGCCCUCCGGCCACUCGCAGCCUGCUGUUCUGCAGACGUCGGUAGAGCCCACUCCCCAGGCUGUGGCCGCGGCAGCGCAGGCUGGGCUGCUUCAGCAGCAGGCAGAACUAGAGAGGAAGGCAGCUGAGUUGGAGAAGAAGGAAAGGGAAUUGCAGAGUAACGCCGCCAGCAUUAAUACGCGGCAAAACAACUGGCCGCCUCUUCCCAAGAAGUGUCCCAUCAAGCCGUGUUUUUAUCAGGAUUUUUCUGCGGACAUCCCGGCUGACUACCAGCGGAUAUGCAAGAUGCUGUAUUACUUGUGGAUGCUGCAUUCGAUUACCCUGCUCCUAAACCUGCUUGCUUGCCUGGCGUGGUUCACAGUCGAUAUGCAGAGAGGAGUAGACUUUGGUCUCUCGAUCCUGUGGUUUGUUUUAUUCACCCCUUGUGCCUUUCUCUGUUGGUACCGACCGAUUUACAAGGCUUUCAGGUCUGACAGCUCCUUCAGCUUCUUCGUCUUCUUUUUCAUCUUCUUCUGCCAAAUAGCAAUCUACAUCAUCCAGGCUGUCGGCAUCCCUGGCCACGCAGAGCCCGGGUGGAUCGCGGCGCUGUCUGAGCUGCACGGGAACCUGGCCGUGGCUGUUAUCAUGAUGGUGGUGGCAGGAUUCUUCACGCUCUGCGCGGUUCUCUCCCUCUUCCUCCUGAAGCAGGUGCAUUCCCUGUAUCGGCGCACGGGAGCCAGUUUCCAAAGGGCCCAGGAAGAGUUUUCCCAAGGCAUCCUCACCAACAGGGGCUUCCAGAACGCGGCCGCCGGGGCGGCCUCCUCAGCCGCACAGAGCGCUUUCCGAGGAAAUUAG